AUGUUCACAAUCACGCGUCGCAUACCAAGCCGCGUUAUUCUUGUUCUCUGGGAUUUGCAGAGGCUAAGAUCCGGAUGGUUCCCAGGGGAAAAAAGUUUUUGUUUUGUUCAUGCAGCGUUUUCACCAAGUCUCACUUUCAACUUCGAGUACAACUUAACACUAAUUGAGAUCUCAACGAAAUGGUCGUUGAGUCUGGACCUACCUGUUUU